UUUCAAAUUUUUCUGUGAAAUAUAUUAAUAUUCAAUGCAAAUGUGUUGAUUGAUUUCCUUCUCAGCCUAAUUUUUGUAACGCUUCAGGUACGAUUGUCGCUUGUUGCUUCCCGCUGGUUACGAUGACGGGUCGUCUGCUGCUGAUGAGGAAUCUUGUCCCACUGAAGACCUGGAGGAGGAAAUGUGCGAUGAGGAACGUUAUCGCGAUUUAACUGCAGAAGCUCAACAAAGUCAGGAAGAGGAUACUCGUCCUAAGAAGGCUGAAAUUGGUUUUGACUAUGGCACCGGUGAAAGAAACACGAACGGUGAAUCGGGAGAUGCAGCGGGAAGCGAUGACAGUGACAGUGAAACGGAACCUUUCGUGCCUCCUCCAGGCAUCAAACUGCCAGUAGGGCUCGUUGUUCCUGACAACCAGAAACAAAAUCAUAUUAUUGAAAGAACUGCUUUAUUCGUAGUGACGAAAGGGCCGCAGAUGGAGAUUGUUAUUAAGGCUAAGCAACGUAAUAAUACAGAGCAGGUUAGUUUUGACCAUAACGAACACAAUCUUCUAGGUGGUGUAUGUGGGAGAGGUCUCUUUGGAUUUCUGGAAUUCGAUAAUUCGCUGCAUCCUUACUACAAGUAUUUGUCGAAGUUGAUACGUGAAAAGAAGUACACCCCUUCCCUGACCAAACAUACGAAGCGUGGAGCACUAGGGGAUCGAGCUGGAAGUGCCUCACCUGGUGGAACUGUCAAUAGCAACAAGGAAAAGAAACCGAACGCCCUCACGGCAUUGGCUUCUCAGCACGAAAGCGAUAGCGAUUCUGAUUCGGAUUAUGAGCUCCAUCCAUCUCUGUUAGCUGGAGCACGUAAAGGUGCUCGAAGCCCUGACGUUAUAGACGGCACAGAAAAUGCAGCUGGUCCGAGACGCCGGCCUUCUUCUCCAUCCCCUCCACGUGUCACCGCGCAUCGUCAUGAUUACGAUAUGAGCAAGAGUAACGACAUCUAUGCGUCGUUGUUCAAGAGUCUGAGUCAGGUAUCUGUUGAGCGUGAAGAGGCUGAGAAGAGGAAGUUGGAGAAGAUAGAAAUUGAGAAACAUCUUGCGGCUUCUGCCCCUCCACCACCAGAUGAAGAGUAUCAAGCGUGGUGGUUGUCCUUCUAUGGAACACCUUGUCCCUUCUCAAGCCCCCAACCGAUGGUUCCUCCUCCUCCAGAUCUUCAGCCGGUCAUUUCUAGCUAUGCGGAGUUUGUUGCUCGCCAUGGUGCUGAAGCUGAACUAGAGCUGAGAGGUAAGACACUCGAGCUGCUCGCUGCGGAAUCCUUCGAGGUGAUACAUGUUGCUUCAGAACGUGUUGAUCUGCAGUUGACGUUCAUGCAUCCACAUAGCCCCCAUUUCUCUUAUUACCAACACCAAGUUCGUUUGGUUCAGUGGGAGCGCGCAAAAAGAGCUGCAGAAAAAGCGGAAGAACCAGCUCCGAUGGCUGAUGUGGUUGAAGCAGAAGGUGGAGCUACUUCAGCUGUGGAUGAAUCAGGUCUUAAUGUUGUUGUGGACGAUGCUUGUGAACCCUCGACUUCUUCACCAUUACCGCAAGAUCCCACUGCUCCUUUGUUGAAUAGGAAGCAAAGGCGAAGACUUCAAGAUAGUUUUCGUGUUGCAACCACUCAACCGGUUGGAAUUGUUGAUCCGGUAGCAGCGAUAGGAUUGUCCGAUCCAUUCCAUGUUCCCAAAGUGAGCUCUUCACCAGCCCUCCUUCCAUCUGCUUCAGUUGUACAGCCAGUGGUGGAAGAGGGAGUUAUGAGUAGCGCUGGUGCAGCGAGCAGCGUUGUAGUACAACCCACAAGGCCUUUUCCUUCCGUCCCAGUAUCUUUUACACUAGCGCCAAUAAGGGAAGAAGUUCCAUGCUCGUUAACAGGGACAGCGAUAGCAGAGGAUUCUUCCAGCGCUGUGCUUGUUGACGCCCGUACUUUGUCACCUCUUACAGUAGCACAGCCUGUUGUAGCAAGUCCUCACAUUCUACCUCCUCCAGUUCCACCGAACAUUCUUAGCAACACACAAUUGGAUAGGAAAGAGAAAGCUCGCAUUUUUAUGGAACGACUACUGAAUGAGAAGCGAGUCAAGAAACUCCGGGAACAAGAAGAAGCUAGGAUUCGAGAACUCGAGGCUCAAAAAGCGGAACUUGAGAGGCAACUGGCGGAGGAGGAUGCGAAAAAGAAGAAGAGUUCACUCGAAAUGGUGGACAAACUAAUCAACAGUCGCAUCGGUGCACUUCUCGGAAGGGCCGAAUCAAAAAAGUCUGAAAGAAAAUCAAAUCUUCCCGCUCGUCUCAGUGACGAUGAGGCCGAAAAGGAUCGUGAUGAUAUGCGGGGUAAACGGAAGAAAGAAAAGAAAGAUAAAAAGGAAAAGUCCAAAAAGCACAAGCAUAGGAAAUCACGGAGUAGAUCCCGUAGCCGUAGCAGGGAAAAGGAGAAGAAAAGACGAAGACACUCAAGUGAUUCCCGCAGUAGAGAUAGGGAGUCAAAGAAACGGAAAAAGGAUCGUCGAUGA